GUUAUUAUACCUUGCUCGAGCAGAGUCUGAAGAAGAAGACACUGAAGCUCCCCAGCCGGAUGCCUCAUCGUACAGCCGCUUUCCCCAAAGCGGCGAGCUCGUCCCCUCCAAGUCAUCCUCACACCUCUCCGAACGGCUCAUCGCCCUUACGUCCUUUGGAAUCGCAAUUCGAUAUCUUGUACAAUACCGCCGUUCAAGCUUUUGUACGCAGAGAUCAUGUCAAGACUCAGGCAACGCUCUCUCGUCUACUUCAGCUGCUGCUUAGGAAUGGCUCCCCGACAAAGACACGCAGAAGAUGGUACGAGAUUGGAGAGAAUCCUCACACACAUGGCAACGGAUCCCCUUCCAGGACUGACGAGUGGACAAUCAAAGUCUUGAAGCUAGUCAUCACGUCUCAUGCGAGCUUGUAUGCCGACCCACCCUCUUCGACUUCCUCAUUGGACGCCUCUCUUGUCCUCCUGCUCCCUUCCACUCCGCCAGACAAGAUCUUAGCGCAGGCACUUGACAUCUGCACUGCGCACUGUGACACCCCUUUGCCCCCUCAGAUCAUAUCCACUUUCAUUCUCGCUUCGUUGAAGCUCAAGCCAGCCGAACCAGCUCAGUCAUUCACACACCAGCUAACGGAGGAUUGGCUCGCGGAUCUACCCCCGGAGUUCAUCGGGGCCAUCGCCAGUCAUCAGAAAUCCAAGGAUGUUCAAUUGAGGAAACGGGUGGAAAGUGCGAGAGAAGCAUACCUCAAAGUCGUGGAACUAUUCGUCGGAGAAGUCUUAGCGAGAGAAGGGGAAUGGGACAUGGCCAGAGGCUUCUUAGACGGUGAAAAUGUUAUGGGCUCAAAGCGAAAGGAGGAACUUUAUCGACAUUUGCGGUCCAUACAGUCCAGGGGCAAGUCUAAUCCCAAUUCCCCCGCUGCGAGUGGAUUCCUUCCACCGGCAAGUAGCUCUGAGUCCAUCUCCGCCCCAGAUUCUCCGAGUCCCAGUGGAUCCAGGACACGAUCAUUAUCGAGCAGCUCGAGCUCUUCAGAACGUACCGCUAGGCCAGGAAAUGUUCAGCAGCCCAUGACGAAGCGAACGCCGUCAGCUGCGGACCGCAAGGGUAAAGGGAGAGCAUCGUCAACCACGGACAGUGUUGGCAGUGUACCAAAGCACAUCGAGGUCAAUCACGGUACAGCCGAGGCUAGCGAAUCGAGCUAUGACAAAGUUGCCCGGACUGUAGACUCGCUAGUACAGGCAGGAAUUCCACCUUGGCUCAAAUCCAGGCUCAAUUCGGUGCUUGCGCUCAAACUACUAGGUGUUUCUGUGGUGUUCCCCGCGACAAUUAUACUGGCUCUUGUCUUGCUACUGAAACGAUUACGGAAUCGGGCUGUUAGAAACGUCGUCCCUGUGGCUGCUGCUGAAUCUAGCUUGGAAGAUGUAAGGGCAAGACUCGCAUUAGCUCGCCGACGAGGUUUGAUGCAAUGGCUUUGGUUGGUCUUGCGCUGGUGGGCUCGUAAGUUUGUAGGCAUAUGGCAGUUAGGGACCACCAUCACCUACUUUUGACCAGACUAUGCAUCUCGUACGUCAGAAACUG